GGGAAGCGUCAGCGACUGCGGCACUCGCCGCACUUCACGUCACGAGGCACGCUCGUUUGCCGCCAGUUCCCCGUAGACUCCGCACUGCGGCGGUCCUGUUCAACUUGCCUUAUCGCUCUCAUAAUUUUCCAGACAUCGGUACAACCACCAGUGCCGUGAUAACCGUGUAUUUCUUCGGAUACUGACAAUAAAGUGCCCCCUGGAAACCAGUUACAGUGUGUGCACGUUGGAAAAUUCACCGAAUUUUGUGUAUUCAUUGGCGACUCUGAUUGUUGUUAUUGACGACAAUUGUAAAUUCUUUUGAACAGAUUAGGAACAUGAAGAAAAUGACAAACUGCGAAAGUGGGUGGUGGGUGGUAUUGUUGACUGCGACAUUGGCGGCUCCUGUUUUAGCCGAGGCAGGAGUGGGGCUGUUCAAUGCAAGAUUAAAACAAGUUACCACCUCCAGUACCCUAAAGUGGACCAGUUUUAAAAAAGAAGCGACUAAUAACUAUGUAAUUGGAGCUGAAUCACAAAAAGGACCUAUAUAUUUAUGUAGAGCGCGACAUGUAGGAGAUAUGCUUUUAGGACAGUUGAGACCUGAAUAUACUGCUUGUGCUGUUUCCGGCAGCAAGAGCUACGAUGCAUUUGAAGUACUUGAAAAUAUCGAAAAUGCUUCUUUAAUAACCUGGCAGCCAUGGUUUAAAUUUAACUCGAAACCAACUGGAAGUGUUUUAGUGGAUUCAUCGGUUGAUUCUGUUUUUAUUGGCAGAGUCAAAGCUGAAAGUGGAUUUUCCCAUAACGUUGGUAGGAUAUCCUAUGAAAGUGCUAUUGGGCAAUUGAUGACAUUUGAUGAUAAAAACAAUGAGCUAACUGAAACUAAAGGAGAGAUAUUAGUAGAGAUGGAACCUAUAAGUUACAAAUUGGAGAGCGUAGAAUUAGAUCUAGUAACUGAGCACGUCCGACAAUCAGACCCAGAAAUAUUCGGAGAGCGCACUUUAAGAAAUGAUGACAGUGUUGCUGCUACCGUAACCACAGCCAUAGAAUACGAGUUCAACUAUAGUGUUUCUUGGGGUCAUGGCCAUGGAAUAGCUAUUGGUUUGAAUACCACUAUAGAAAUGUCUGACGGAACUGUUUUCCCUCAAAUAGAAUGGGCUAAUCCGUUCACAGAAAAGAGAACAAAAUUAUAUAAUCUCCAAAUAUAUCUUGAACCAGGUACAGCCUGCAAUGUUACGUUUAGAGGAAAUCGUACGGAGCAAGACGUGCAGUAUACUGGAAAACUUACGACGUUCUACAAUGACAAUGAACCUCGAUCUAGACAAAUGCGGGGUGAAAGAAUUGAAAUAACUCUGGAGGUAGAAGCCAUUUAUGGAGAAAUAUAUUUUGUUGGAAACAACAGUUUGGUACCAACUACAACCACCACAACGACGACAACAACUACCACAACUACGACUACCCCGCUACCAACAAUUCCAACUGAAUCUGAUAAAAAUAACAUUCCGAUUGAAAUAAUAAAGCCUAACCAAUCUGCCGAAAUAGAUAGCAAUAAUCUGGUGGGCAGCAAUGAUGACAAACCGCAACCGGCUAAUGAACAAAACAUAAAGCAAGCUAUAGUAGGACCUCUAGGAAGUAAACCAUCUAGUGGUUCAAACCUGCGAUUUAUUUAUUUCACUCUGUUGAUACCAUUGUUUAUGCUUUUGAUUUAAAUGUAAUAAAUCUAGUGCCCUUGUAAUGUAAAUAUUGAAUCUGAAAUACCUAUCAUCAAUAGAUAGUUGCUUCGUUUUCAUAUUUUGGUAACUAUGCUUGAUGCUAUUGGUUGUUAAUCUAGGAAAAAAAUAUUUCCUCGGUUACAAGUUGUAAAUAGACUUUAUUAUUUUCUUAACAUUCCUGUUAUGUGAUUCCAUUUCAAUGUGUAAGAUGAAAGCCAAAUUUAAUCACAUAACUGUAAAUAGAGUUGUAAAUAGUUUUGGAAGUGGGAGUCGCAGAGCGACAAGUAACUUUGUAACCAUAAAGAAGGGGGUUUGUAACACCGUAGAUAGAGAUAAAUGCGUGUGAACUGUUACCAAGAUAUAACAACCAAGAAAGAGUUUAAAGUAUAAAGCUGCCUAAAAUUCAACGUUGCUUAAAUCAAUAAAAAUCCAAAUGUGAUAGUUUAAAUAGUUAAUGUAAAGUACGACCACACAUUAUUUUAUGAUUAAAAAUACUAACAACUGCCGACGGAAUGCCAAAAUUUUUCGAAUUCAAC